UGCCAGACGCAUUUUACAAGUACGUCCGACUCCGAGUCGAGUAGAGUCGAAUCGAGUCGAACGCGUCGCGACUUCAUUGUGUUUCGCUUUCCAGGUGUUCCGCGGAUUGUUCGGCUAGUCGUUGCGUCCUCGUGCGGGUACACGGGGACGGCGUGGGUAUCCGGCAACGUCAGUUUAUCAACGGUGGCGGAGAUUCGAGCGCUAGAUCCGCCGCCGUGUCUCGAUAUAACAUUUCCGGAAGGCGAACCGACGUCCGCCUGCGGAAUUCUUGGCAUCGGCGGCACACCGUUCAAAAGAACGUGUCUCUUAUACCAGCUCAUACUUAAGCAUGUCAGAGGAACAUCAGCUACCUUCCGAUUCAGAUGAGGACGACGAGGAUUAUGUUCCCAAUGGCACUGACAUCGAUCUCGUAUCGGAAGUAGAAUCUGAGGGUGAUGUUGAGAGCAGUCCAGAAGAUGAGAAUGAUGAGAACAAAAGGCAAACUGGACCGAAGAAGAGAUCUAAGGGGCGAAGAAAUAAAAAUUCAAAGCGCGCGAGAACCAAGCCGAGAGCAUCGGAGGAUGAAGGCAAGGAAGAAGAGGAAUGUAAAGCGAAGAAAGAAUUGACUGAGGAAGAGGAGAAGAAGAGAGCGGAUUCACUUUGGGCUGACUUCAUGAAGGAUACAGCUGUCGUGUCGAAAGAGAAACCGCAGAAUUCAAUCAACAAAUCGAACGAGAGAUCGCCACCGACGCAGAAGCCGAAGGUCCAGGAGAAAGUUAAGAUAACGAAGGUUUUCGAAUUCGCCGGGGAGGAAGUGAAAAUCGAGAAGGAAGUAGCGGUCGACUCCGCGGAGGCUAGACUGUCGCUUUCCGCGGCUGAGAAUUCCGCGAAGCCGUCUCCGGAGUCCGCGUCGCCCACGCCUGUGCCCAGAGGACGAGGCAGAGGCGGUGCCAGACGCGUCGGACUAAGCGGUAUCUCGUCCGUUUUAGGACAGAUCGGGAAGAAGUCCAAGAUCAGCACGUUGGAGAAGUCCAAAUUGGAUUGGGACAACUUCAAGAAGCAGGAGAACAUAGAGGAAGAGAUCAACAGUCACAACCGGGGGAAGGACGGGUAUCUCGAGCGGCAGGACUUCCUUCAGAGAGCGGACCUGCGGCAGUUCGAGAUCGAGAAACAAUUGCGGAACACGAGCAGACGCACCACGCGGUGAAUCUGCGUUUUCCGUUUGCGCGCGCGCGUUUCUUCUCCUGGCACGGGACGAUACCAUCGCGGCAAAAACAUAUUUACUCACCGACUUGCCAAACUCGAGCGCCUGCUGCACACGUUUAGCCUAAUUCGUACGUGGGGAUUUUGCGGUGCAUCAUCGACGCGAUUGCGAGGAGGGGAGAGUUGCCCGCGUUUAAUUCGACGCGACGAACUGACGACGCCUAUAACUGACGAUCGGCGAUUUCCCACGAGGAGAGACCGAUCCAUUCCACUAUAUCUUGAGACUAAUUUCUCUACGUAAUCUACGUAACGUAAUAGCUUAAUUUACUUUCAAUGAGUCCGUUUUCGUCUCGGUCCGACGACCGCACCGGAACUUUGCAUCGAAGCGGGUUCAAAGUUCCUGACGCUUCUAAUGAGAAAGAUUAUGUCCGCAGAAUAUUUUUAUAUUUCGUUUCAAUCCGAUGCGAUGCGUUUGUAUAUGUAUGAUAUCGAUGUGUGCGUGCGUCCGUGCGUGUAGUAUGAGAAUAUCACGCGAUACUCUUUUUGGUAAUAAUAAUAAUAGUGAUUAGCCGAUUGUCACAAGUGAGUAAGAAGUAUUUCUACUUCUGUCUGAAGUAACUAAAAGUAUUUUAGAAAAAAAAACGUAGCGUAAUGACAUCGAUCAACCCUUAUUCAUGACCACUGCCUCGGGCAAUUCACGCGGAAUAGCAGUACCGUAUUUAUGAAUGAACCUUGUAAUAGAUAGUGUAGAACAUUUUUCGAUACGUCGACGGCGGUGACGGCGGAGUAUCUUUGUAUAUCGUCGUCACGCUGUCCAGUGUUAUCGUGUAGGAAAAUUACAUACAUUACACGUCGUAUUACUUCAUAAUGUAAUUUACCAGACAGCAAUAUCGACGCGACACGUUUACUCGAGUAUACGCGCGAGUAUACUCAAUGUCCGAUUGACGAUUCUCGAUUCAGCUCAGGUUUUCCCUCCCGAUGUACCGAAUUUGGGGAUGUGUUCAAUAUGAUCCCACACACACACGCAAGACUACUUUUACGUUUUCUGAAGUAAUUGUGUCCUUAAUAUUAAGCAAAUAAAUUGUCGAUAAAGAAUCGCAUUCGUUCAUGAUA